AUGAAAAAAUCACCACCUAUCGUGUUUAUUGCCAGACAUGGCGCCCGACUCGAUGCUGCAGACAAAAAUUGGCACUUAACCUCCCCAAGCCCCUUCGAUCCACCUCUUUCCUACGGUGGAUGGAUGCAGUCUCGGGCACUUGGUAUACGUAUAGGAAGUCUCCUAAGGGCCCGACAGUUCACUGGAGAAGACCCAGUGAGUCAGCGCACCGAUCAUCCGACCUCGGAUAAACAGGCAACACCCACCCCCGCAUCCUCGGACCUAUCCCACCAAUACAACGUCAUUGUCCAUACCUCUCCUUACCUUCGAUGCCUGCAAACUGCAAUAGGGGUUAGUGCUGGCAUCAACCAAGAAACAUCGGGCACAGAAGCAUCCGAAGCAACUAGUUCAGCUCCCACUGUCCCCGCAGUUUCAUCAAAAGCUGACCAGCGAUGUCUGCUUCGCGUCGACGCAUUUUUGGGCGAAUGGCUAUCGCCCGACUACUUUGACCAAAUCACGCCACCGCCGGGCUCGGAAAGAAUGGUGGCGUCUGCCAAAGGGGAAUUACUCCGUCGUGCCGAGGUCAUCCCACCCACCGAUGGGUUGACAAGGGCGUUGUCAGGCCACUUCCCUGGAGGUUGGCGUAGCCAGUCACAUCCUACUUCACCAAUCGAUGAAGACCGCGGCUUACAUUCCGCAGCAUCUCAGCGCCAGCGUGCCAGCACCCACGACAUUCUUCAGAAGCCUAUCCACCUCAAACAUGCAAACAAGACUCUCGGUCGCCUGGAAACAGACCUUCCGCCUACUUCAGACGCAUAUUAUGUACCGCCAACUCCCGGUUACGCUGUUUCUAACUCAGAUCCCAUUCCUACGGGAUAUGUUGCUCAUGCACGGAACGCAUGUACAAGGAUCGACUACCAGUGGGACAGUAUGCGCACUCCUUAUUGGGGUACAGGGGGCGAGUUCGGCGAGGAAUGGAGUACCAUGCACGAACGGGUGUAUGAUGGAUUUCAACACAUGAUUAACUGGUACCGGGAGCAGGAUCAAUCUGAGGACGGUUCUACGGAAUCGAACGGUGAGGUAAAUGACGGUAAUGCACAAACAGUCCUCGUUAUUAUCACACAUGGCGCGGAUUGCAAUGCUUUGAUCGGUGCCUUGAAUGGACACUCGGUUUUACUCGAUAUUAACACAGCUUCACUCACUAUGGCUGUGCGACGCAACCGUGUGAACAAACAGCAUGACAGGGACCACAUGUCUACAUCACCGGGCCCAGUGAACCAAUCGGUGUCACGGGAAUACUCCUUGCAGCUUGUGGCGUCGACAGACCAUCUGCGCCCGGGAAUAAACCCCUCACAGCUCACCUCGCUGUUAUCCCCUUCCGUUCCCAAUGUACUUUCACCGCCUCCGAUAUCUUCCUAUCGGAAUCGCCUUGGCUCUCGCCCAUCGGUCUUCCAAGAAACAUUAUCAAAUGGGUCACCUAGUAAUAGCUCUCAGGCAUGGACGCUGGCGAUGCGCCCAUCAACUAGUUCAACUACUUCUCGUGUUGCCUCUGGACUUUGGAACUCGACCGCGUCACUCACCGAUAAAGCGGAUGCAGAGGAGAACUUUGUACCGAACUUCGGUGAUCGACCGGUCAGUCAAGAUUCGACAGUCCCUGAUGGGUCAGACAAGUCUGCAGAUCUUGGCUGGACGAAGCAUUUACCCCAACGGACACAGUCACAGCGUGGUUUAUGGGGUAGUGCUCAGCCCUUGGAGGAUCGUGAAGCUGGAAAGCGGCGAUGGACGGUGGCGGAGCAAAAGCUGUGA